GUGGUGCUGAUCUCCUGCGCAGCCUCUCCUGCGCAUGUUGCAUGACAGGUGCCGAGCCUCCAUCUUGGCGCCGCUGGAGCAAGAGGCGAUAAACAUCAACAACAGCCACCGCAGACAUGACGCCUCGCUGCCGCGACGUGACGGCGCUCUAACCGGGCGACGGAAGAAAGCUUCGACGCGGGCGUGGACGGAGGGAAAGGCGGGAAGGAAGGAGGAUGGAAAGGUCCGGAAGGUGCCGUUAACGACGAGUAGCACGGCUAGCUUUCACCGGGGGGAGUUUCUACCGCGUCUGACAGGCUCCACUCGCUCCAGGAUGGGCAUCAAGAGGCUAUUCUUCUUCCUGGUGCUCCUCUGUGUCUGCCUCCAGGGAGCAUCUGCCAAAGAAAAGGGCACCAAGAAGGGGAAAAAGAAGGGGCAGCAGGUUUAUUGCCCAUCGCAGCUGUCAUCUGAGGAUCUGGCCCGAGUCCCUGCCAAUUCCACCAGUAACAUCUUGAACAGGUUACUGAUCACCUAUGAUCCCAGAAUACGACCCAACUUCAAAGGAAUACCAGUGGAAGACCGAGUGAACAUUUUCAUCAACAGCUUUGGCUCCAUCCAAGAGACCACUAUGGACUACAGAAUCAACAUCUUCCUGCGACAGCGCUGGAACGACCCAAGGCUCAAGCUGCCGACGGACUUCAAGGCCGACUCGCUCACCGUCGACCCGUCGAUGUUCGGCUGCCUCUGGAAACCCGACCUGUUCUUCGCCAACGAAAAGAGCGCAAAUUUCCACGACGUCACGCAGGAGAACAUCCUCCUCUUCAUCUUCCGGAACGGCGACGUGCUCAUCAGUAUGAGGUUGUCCGUCACCCUGUCUUGUCCUCUGGACCUGACAUUGUUCCCCAUGGACACCCAGAGGUGCAAAAUGCAACUUGAAAGCUUCGGCUACACCACGGACGACCUGCAGUUCAUGUGGCAAACAGGAGACCCCGUACAGAUGGACGCCAUCGCUCUACCCCAGUUCGACAUCAGACAAGAAGACAUCGACUACGGCAACUGCACCAAAUUCUACUCUGGAACAGGCUACUACACUUGUGUGGAGGUUAUCUUCACCCUGAGGCGACAGGUGGGCUUCUACAUGAUGGGCGUCUACGCGCCCACGCUACUCAUCGUGGUACUCUCCUGGCUGUCCUUCUGGAUCAACCCUGACGCCAGCGCUGCCAGGGUCCCUCUGGGCAUCCUGUCCGUGCUCUCGCUGUCCUCCGAGUGCACCUCGCUGGCAACGGAGCUGCCCAAGGUCUCCUACGUGAAGGCCAUCGACAUCUGGCUCAUCGCCUGCCUGCUGUUUGGCUUCGCCUCGCUGGUAGAGUACGCCGUGGUCCAAGUUAUGCUCAACAGCCCCAAGCGCAUCGAGGCGGAGAAGGCCAAGAUAGCUGCCAAGGAGAAGGCCAUGGGAAAGAGUGCCGCCGCCGUUGCUGCUGUUACCACCACCUCCACCGGCACCAUCAACACCACCACCAGGAACAACACGGUCAACGGGACCGGAGGGACGCCGCUCCACGUCAGCACCUUGCAUGUGGCAGAGACCCGCUGCAAGAAGGUGUGCACCUCCAAGUCGGACCUGCGCACCAACGACUUCAGCAUCGUGGGCUCGCUCCCGCGGGACUUUGAGCUGUCGAACUUUGACUGCUACGGCAAGCCCAUCGAGACCAGGGGUGGCGCCGGGAAGUCCCAAGCCAAGAACAACAAGAAGCCCCCUCCCCCGAAGCCCGUCAUCCCCUCGGCCGCCAAGAGGGUCGACCUGUACGCGCGGGCCCUCUUCCCCUUCACCUUCCUCUUCUUCAACGUCAUCUACUGGUCCGUGUACUUGUGAUCCUCUUUAAUCCCCCCAAAAAUCGGUGCUUCCUUGAAUCGAGCCCGGCGUGUUCAUCCUUCCAUCCAAAUUGAGUGCUGCAAUGAAGCUAAACCUACUAUAUGAAUAUUUAUCUUUACAUAUUUAAUGUUAAUUAUCAUCAUUUGUGCAUUAGAUGACCAGCCAGCCUUUCUUUCCCUGAAAAUACGGAAUCCUAUAUUGACUGAAAUCAAAUCAGGAAAGACAGACUAUCUAUUUGGCAGCGUUGCAGGAUGCACAGACGUAUAAAAGAGUAAAUGUAAAUAUCUAUUUAUGAUUCCACCGUUUAUUUGCCCACCGCUUUGAGGAGUUGCGGAAGUGGAACCUUGGCUUUACUUUGCAUGUUUUAGCAAGGGAACGCAUGCAUGCCAAGAUAUACAAGUAGACAUUACGAACGUUGAUUUCGGGUUCUUUUGACGGUCAUGUGACAAGGCCACGCCCCCCUCGCAGCUGCGAUGUUCACCCCCCCAACCCAGUAAGUGAGGUCGCGAGCGCGUUUGUGAGAUUUGCAAGUAACGAUCAAUAAAAUAUUACUUUUCACCGUGUGAGCUAAACUGACACAGAA